ACCACUUCAAACUUUUUUUGCUUAUGAAAUCUGCAGUCCAAGUCCUUUGUUGUCGCCCAUAUAUACACAAAUCUGUACUUACAUAAAAUUUUUAUUGCCGCUGACACUCUUCAAAAUUCAGUCUUUUUUCUAGGGUUUGCGAGCUGCAGUGAUGGAUGAUGGGGAGCUUGAUUUUUCGAACCAUGAAAUGUUUGGGGGUACGAAUUUAGCUGAGAUUGGUGAUUUGCCUGCUAAUUGCUCGAUGGAUAGUUUCUUUGAUGAGCUUCUGAAGGAUACACAUGCUUGCACCCAUGCUCAUACUUGUAAUCCACCUGGACCUGAUGCUUCGCAUACACACACAUGUUAUCAUGUGCAUACCAAGAUUGUUCCUGCCUCGAGUGAGGAUAAGGAUCCUAGUGACGAUACUGCUGAGUCUGCGGAUAAGAAAUCGAAAAAACGGCCUGUGGGGAACCGGGAAGCAGUGCGCAAAUAUCGUGAAAAGAAGAAGGCAAAGGCUGCUUCUUUAGAGGAUGAAGUAAUUAGAUUGAGAGCUAUUAAUCAGCAGCUAGUGAAGAGGUUGCAGGGUCAGGCUGUGUUGGAAGCUGAAGUUGCUAGGCUCAAGUGUUUACUAGUGGAUAUUAGGGGAAGAAUUGAAGGGGAGAUUGGGGCUUUUCCAUAUCAGAAGCCAGCUAAGAGUGCGAUUUAUCAGAACCCUGGGGCUUCCAGUUUGCCUGGUGCUUAUGUUAUGAAUCCAUGUAGUAACGAUCAGGUGUAUUGCCUUCACCCUGGGGCAGAAAGCAGAAGUGAAGAAGAUGCAGUGCUUAAUGUUGAAGCCUUCAAUGGUUGUGAUUUUGAGAAUUUACAAUGUUUGGGCAAUCAGAGUUCAGCCAUAGAUGAGCUUCCUGGAUGUGGUAUUUCGGGCAGUGUUCCUGCCAUCAAUAUACCUGGUGGAAAUAAGAGAAAAGGGCGGGCUUUGGGAGCAAUUGCAAAUUGAAGUGAUUUACAUGGAGGUAUCUUCAUCAUGUAGAAGCAUAAAAUAUUCAUGAUCAGUCGCUGAACCACAACUUCGUCUUUCUUCUGUUGUGAUUCUACAGUAGCAAUAAUUUUCUCUACCCAACAGUUGGGUUUUUGGAGUCGCAGGUUACCUUUUGUACAUUUUCCUGUGUUUUUAUUAAAGUUUCUAUUGGCAAUCUGUUGCAGCUAUAUCAGGCUUUUUCUAUCUUCUUGUAUAAUUCCUGCAACUUUAAUUUUUGGGCGGAGAGGGGUGGAUAGGAAUACCGUUAGAGACACCAACUCUAUUCUGCCUGGCUUCCCAGAGACCAUAUUUGCCUGAAAUUUACUUCCCAUGUCUGUUCUAUUAAAAGCCUUAAAAUUGUGGAUUGUGUCUUUA